AUGUCUUUGGAGAAAAAAAUAAAAGUGAACAUCAGAACAAAUGAUAAUUCCAUACCAAUCAAUGAAUCAAGUGGAAAAUUAUGGAAUCAAGAUUAUUUUACUUUGACAUUUCCCAAACCACUCCAGCCAGGUAGAAAAAGAAGAUCAAGACCUUCAGGAUCACAAAUCUCAGUUCCUGGACAUGACAAAAGAAAAUUAGAGGAAGUUCAGAAGCCAGCUCAUAUAAGGAUAAGGCAUUCUUUAAAAAAAAAUUUCCAAAGGCCAUCUGUUUACUUAACUGUCAGGAGACAGGCUCCAUUCAGAAACCCUUAUACUCUUAAAGCCCAUUAUGAAAAUGGAGAACCUAAAAAGUCCAAAGAUGACAAAAAAGGAAGAACUUUGCAGAGAAAUUCCAAGAAAAACAAAGGCCCACAAGAAAAAACUACAGAAUCUAAAAUGGUAAAUGAUGAGAAACCUAAAAGAGGAAAUCGAGCAGCUAAAACUCCAUCAAAAUCAUCAUAUAACAGUGAGCUAUCUAAGGAUUCAAAGUCCAAAUUAGAAAUAAAUCCAGAAUCCAUUGAUUUUAAGACAGUCUCAAUGUAUCAAAAAAAAGGUAAGAGAGAUUCAAAGAAUUCCAAAGAGACAGAUAACAAAUGCACAUGUGCAAAGAAGCAUUCUAAGGACUCAAAGAACAAUUCUGAUGCCAAAGCACAUAUUUGUUCAAACAAUAGUUCAAGUAUGGGUUUCAUACUGUAUUUGGAGGAGUCUGGUGCUGAAUCCAUGAAAUGUGAUAUGUGGUUAAAGAAUGACUCUCAGAAUAAUUCAAAGAAGACUUCAAAGAAGGACACAAAAAAGGAUGCAAAGAAAAGCUCUGAUGCUGAAUCUGUAGACUCAAUGGAUGCAAAGAAAGGUUCAAAGAAGGCUAAGAAAGAUUCAAAGAAAGGUGACAAGAAAAAGGAUGCAAAAAAAGACACAGAGACGACUGAUGAAGAUUCUACAGACUCAAAGGAUGCAAAGAAAGAUGCAAAGGCUAAGAAAGAUCCAAAGAAAAGUGACAAGAAAAAGAAGGAUGCAGUGUCUACUGAUGCUGAAAGUGAUUCUGAAUUGGAGACAAAGAAUUGGAAGAAAGAUGAAAAGAAGGAUAAGAAAGAUUCAAAAAAAGAGGACAAGAAAAAGGAUGCCAAGAAGGAUGUAGUGUCUACUGAUGCCGAUUCUGAAUCUGAAUGGUAUUCAAAAAAAGGUAAAAAAGAUGAAAAAAAGGAAAAGAGAAAUUCAAAGAAAGAUGACAAAAAUAAGUUUGCAAUGAAGUCUGAAGAGUCUACUGAAACUGAAUCUGACUGGGAUAAAUAUCUGAAGGAUAAAUAUGAUUCAAAGAAGACUAAGAAAGACUCAAAGAAAGAUUCCCAAAAACAAGAUGCAAAGAAGGUCAUAGAGUCUACUGAUGCAGAAUCUGAUGAAUUUUCCAGGAAACACUCAAAGAAGCCCGAGACAUUAAAAAGUUCAGAUGCUGAAUCUGAAGAGUCAGUGUAUAAACUUGGGGCUAAAAAGAGACUUGCUAACGAAUCAGAUACUGCAUCUACAGAUUCAAAGAAGGAAAAAUUGGAACUAAAGAGAGAAUCCAAAAUGUCAUUCAAAAAGACUACAUUCAAAGAAAAAGGGAAAAAAACAGGUAUAGGUAGAGUCCCUCCAUCAAGAGAAAGACCACCACUACCUCCUUGUGAGCCUUUGUUACCAUCACCCAAGAUCAAACGUCUCUGUCAGAGCAAGAUGCCUGCUGCUCCUCUAAAACCAAGAUAUGCUCCUUUGAUCUUUUCUUUCAUCCCCCUUCUUCCAAAAUCUGGCUCUAAGGGGAAUAAGUAG